AUGGAGCCGUUCACGUUCGCCAGCUCCUCCGAGCUGCACAUACCAGUCGGCGUGAAGGUGUGCGUUCAUCUUCGCAAGCAGUGUCGUGGCAUGGCAUGGCGUAGACUUAUGCUGAGAUUUGGUAGGAACCGACUUGAAGGCGACGAGAAGCCCCUCCCAUACUCCGUCCUCCUCAAACGACCAGACUUGCGACACCGAGGCAGCAAUCUCAGCUCUCAUUCCGAGCUCUAUGUGACUGUCCAGCCGUUUGCAGACUCGAAGCCGCUGACUGUCCACUCUCAAACACCGUACAAGCACUUUAAGCAUGGCAGAGUAUGGAACCAGUGGCUGUCAUUGCCUUUGAACUACAGUACAUUGCCUGUCAAUACCCAGCUCGCCAUCACACUUUGGGAUGUAUCGCCUCUCAACCCGAAAGGUGCGCACUCAAGUCACCACAUCCCGUUUGGAGGCACGACUAUUCCGCUGUUCGACGAAGAUGCUACGUUGAGAACAGGAAGGCAGAAGUGCAAGAUAUGGCGACAUAAGGCAGCAGAUGGCUUCUCAGAUACCACAACACCCUGGCAAGAACUGAGAAAGCGAGGCAGAUGUGGUCAGCAGGAAGAGCCUGUGAUUGUUGAUGAGAAGCAAAGUCGCCGAGAUGCCGAACUUGAGCGUCUGGUAUCGCUCAUGAAAAAGCAUGAAAUGGGCGAGAUUCCAGAGAACAGAUGGCUGGACCAAAUGGUCUUUCGACAAGUCGAAAAGCUCGAACGACAGCAGAUCCGGGAUUCCUCGAGGCCUACGCGCCAGACCAUUGGCGAGACGAACGGCGAACACAGCAGCGAUCCGCAAUGUGCCGACGGUGAUGCAGAUCAUGAUGAUGGCAGCUUCUUCCUCUACAUCGAGUUCCCUCGCUUCGACCACGCCAUCGUCUUCACCGACCACGAAUACCCACCUCCUCCGAUAUCGUCCAUUAAGACACCAGAUACGCAAACAGCGAACGGCGUCAACUUCAAGCCUCCCCCUGAAGUACAGCUUGGUCCAGGCAUUCAUUCCGAAGCCCUGAAUGACACCGAUGGUGCCGGAAGACUGGUUGGCAUCUACGAUCCCGAAAUUGGAUAUGCAGACAAUCCUGCUGAGCAGAAGCAUCGACGACUCAUUCGCGGUCAGCGUAAUGCUAUGGACCGGGAUUUGAAGCCAAAUCCCAAGAUGCGAGACUUCUUGAAUCGGAUAAUGUCGUAUGGCCCCACAGUGGAACUCAGCGACAAAGAGAAGGAUGAAAUAUGGCGCUUCCGUCACCAUCUGACACGCGAUAAACGUGCUCUCACAAAACUUAUCAAGUCAGUAAAUUGGCUAGAACCUGCGGAAAGCAGGCAAGCCAUUGCACUGCUCCCCAAAUGGGUCGACAUCGACAUCGAUGAUGCACUUGAGUUGCUGGGCCCGGGUGUACGGCAUCCAUCUGUUCGUGCGUAUGCCGUACACAGGCUCCGCAAGGCUGAUGAUGAGGAGCUGCUCUCUUAUCUGCUGCAACUUGUUCAAGCCCUGAAAUUCGAGAAUCAGCAGCGCGUGCGAGAGGACGAUGACGCAGAUUCAUCGCUCGCUUCAUUCCUAAUUGCCCGCUCAGCAGCUAAUCUGAAACUUGGCAAUUACCUGCACUGGUAUCUCAUGGUUGAGCUGGAUCUGGACGACGACCAGUUACAAGCUUCGAAGAACAAGAAGCUUUUCGCACGUGUUGAGUUCGACUUCAUGAAGGAGCUCGAUACAUCACCCGAGGGCAAAGUGCGACGUAACAUUCUGCUGCGCCAAGGCGAGCUCAUCACAGUGCUCAGCAAGAUCAGCAAGGAUAUUCGUACUGGCAAGGGAGAUCGUCUGCGAAAGAUCGACUCACUCAAGAAGAUGCUUGCCGACCCGAGAAAUGAGCUUCUGCAUUUUGAUCCCCCGCUGCCUCUACCUCUUGAUCCAGAGGUGAGGGCAAUCGGCAUCAUUUCAGAUGACUGCAACGUAUUCAAGUCGUCGCUUUUGCCUCUGCUGCUCAAAUUCAGAACCGACACUGGUGAAACCUAUCCUCUGAUCUUCAAGACGGGCGACGAUCUUCGACAGGAUCAGCUUGUCAUUCAGAUCAUCGCUCUCAUGGACCGUCUUCUUCGCAAAGAGAACCUCGAUCUCAAGCUCACGCCAUUCCGGGUCCUUGCGACAUCUAUUCUUGCUGGUGCAGUUCAAUUCAUACCCUCGCAACCUGUCUCUUCGAUCCUUCAGAACCCACAAUACAAAGGCUCCAUACUAGGCUUCCUUCGAGCUCACAAUCCACCUGUGGCCGAUGCCCCGGCAGUCCUUGGCGUGCGAAAAGAUGCCAUGGACAACUAUGUAAAGUCUGUCGCAGGCUACUGCGUCGUCACCUACCUCCUCGGCGUCGGCGACCGACAUCUCGACAACUUGCUCAUCACAGAAGACGGCCAUUUCCUGCACAUCGAUUUCGGCUAUAUCCUUGGCAGAGAUCCGAAACCCAUGGCGCCACUUAUGAAGCUGUCGCGAGAAAUGGUGGACGGCAUGACAGGCGGUACACCAAACAAUCCUGAAAGCCAGUUCGAGACGUUUCGGCAAUACUGCUUCACUGCGUACACCACUUUGAGGAGACAGAGUUCUCUCAUUCUUAACCUCUUUGCGCUGAUGCAGGAUGCAGCUAUACCUGGUCUUGCUAUAUUUCCUGGCGAGCAAGCCGUGCGUAAAGUUGAGGAGCGAUUUAAGUUAGAUGUGGGAGAGGAGGAAGCUGUGCGUUUCUUUGCUCAGAUGAUUGAGAAGGAGAUGGGUGCUUGGGGACCUGUUUUGAUUGAUAAGUUGCAUGGCUUUACGCAGACUUGGAGGUCUUGAUUGCAAGGCAUAUCAGGUACUCACAUGCAUCCACUCUCAGGCUACAUGCCCUAACAGGUGUGUCUGGUUGGACAUCUAGUGCCUCGCGCUGAAGCUAAAAUCAGAGAACAUCUCACGCACGUGAGUAGAGUGAGGCCUG